CAAAUAACGUGUAUGAGGUGUCCUUGGAUAGCUCUUGAAGUGUAGUUUCAUAAUUGAGUGGUCUUUGUUCGAGGAGAGAGAGCUUAUCUUACAAAAAUCGAUCUGGAACGAGCAGUGGUCUGUGAACUCGAGCUGUGAGAGUGCUGAGACUGUUUGGUUGAUAUCUCGAGUUUUACCAAUCCAAUUAAGGCGUGUGAGAUACCAAAAGAAAGCUCUCAAGACGAGGAAUCCGUGAAGGUCUGUUUUGCAUCAAUCGGAGUAGAGGAAGGCUUCCAAAUCGUCCGAGCAGAACGCGACCUCGCAGGGACGGAUUUACUCUUCUAAGAAUCGAGUUAGCCGGAAAACACCCGUUCUAGGGGCUGUUUUCGUAUCAACGAUUAGGGGUUGAAAUAGCAACUUGAGGAGGCUGUUUAGCACCCAUUUCUAAUCAAGGAAUCAGUUCUCAAGCUUCCUUGGCCGAGGCUUUAGCCAUUGGAUCGAGAAGGAAGGUUUUAAAGCUCAUUUGAGGUUGAGGCUAGAGCUUGCUUCCCGUGCUCGUUGCUCGAGAGAUCAUCUAGGAGGAAAGACUUGAAAUGGACCGUGGUGGCAGGAUUACUAGGAGAAACCCGACCGGCCGUGUACCAGAGGAGACUGGACAGGGCAGUCGAAGGACCUCUAGGGCAUCUAGAGGAGCUGGCCGUGGAGGCCGAUCACAGACCGUGAGUGACGGUCAUGUCGACACAGAAAGUGAAACCUACUGGUCCUAUGAGGACUCGACUUACCAACCGGAAACCGAGCCGGUUGAGACCCCUUACGAAGGGGAUGACGAUGAUGUGAGCGAUGAAGAGGGGGAGAAUGACUCCCUAGCAAGAAUAGAGGCGUUGCUCCAACAAUAUCAACGGGAGCGCGAGGAAAGGAGGGAACGCCGAAGGCGCCGGGGAGGGCGAAUUUCGGGUGAGGCUUCAAGAGGAAGAAGCCAUGGCGAUUCUCGGGCCCACAUUGAACCACAUGGGGGCCGGGGUGAUGGAGGUCCAAUCAUAAGGAUCUCAAAAUUUCUUAAGGAGGCUAGGGACUUGGGGUGCAAACCCUUCAACGGAGCAGGCGACAUCUCGGUCGCCGCGGAAUGGAUCAAGAGGUUGAACGAGGCAGCCCUUGAUAUGCAACUCACCCCCGAAUUUAAACUAAGGGUGGCGGUGAGAUUGCUUGAAGGGAUGGCAUCCACAUGGUGGGAUGGAGCCAAGGGAAAGUAUGGCAAUACCGUGACUUGGGAGAAUUUCCGACAGGAGUUCUUUGCCCAAUAUUAUUCCGAUUUUGAGGUGAACGCUAAAAGGAGAGAGUAUACCCUCCUGACCCAAGGUGGCAAGAUGACGGUGAGGCAACUUGAACAUAAAUUCAGGGAGCUCGCGGAGUUCAUACCGGAGUAUGUCUGUGACGAGAACCGGAUGGUAAAUCACUUCUGGGAUGCCUUAGACCUGGAGGUGCGUGAGAGGGCAACACAGUUGCCUAACAUGACCUUUAGCCAAGUGGUCGAGCAAGGGUUGAAAGGAGAGAAAGAAUGGGAAGAGAGAAAGUUGAAAAACGCCGAAGAGGUGAAGAAGAGAAAGUGGGAGAACCAUGGACCUCAAGGACCUAGCAAAAAGGGGAACCAUGGGGGAGGGGGAUCUUUUCGGACACCCCCACUGCCAUCUAGGGGGAGUCAAGGCCCGGGCGGGCAAUCACAAGCCUCGGGGGUGACUCGUUGCAAGAAUUGCAAGAGAAACCACCCGGGGAAAUGUCGUGACCCUCCUAGAUGCUACCAAUGCGGAAACACCGGGCACUUGAAGAUGAAUUGCCCACAAUUGGGUGGGGCAAGGUCAUCGGGACCAAGUAGUGGUAAUACCGGGACACGGAAUCAAGCCGGGACUUCACAAGCGUCCAGGGGGCAAGGGGGAGCAAGCGCAAGCAAUGCGCCGUCCGUGAAUCAAGGAAGGACUCAAGCUAGAGUCUACGCGAUGACGGAGGCGGAUGCUCAAGCUAACCCGGAUUCCGUUGCAGGUUGAGGCUAGAGCUUGCUUCCCGUGCUCGUUGCUCGAGAGAUCAUCUAGGAGGAAAGACUUGGUUCGUGCUUCCUCCAUUCGGUUUUUAAACAUUAACAAACAUGCUCAUGAAUAUUUUACUAUAGAGCCUGCGUGCUCAUGUUAGCCACGUGUGGCAUUUGUUUUCAAACUAUGUUUUCCGCUACGUAUUCGAUUGCUUAUUAUGUUGUUUAUGGAUGGCUUGCGUGUGAGUGAUAUUCUAGACGCCUUGUAUAAUAUGAACGUGUUGGACUGCGGUUGACUAUUCAUAUUGUACGGCGGGUUGUUGACGUGUCCGGGGAGGUCCGGGGCGUGACAAUAUAUCUUCCUCUUCUAGUUCAGCUUCCUUUGCUUCAAUUUCCUUCAGAAGUGCAUUUACCUUUGUUCUGAUGGAGGCCAAGUCCCUUGGAUUCUGACAUUCUGACCAGGCAGGUUCAAGCUUGCAAUCAAGAUAAUUUCUGAUGGCUUCUGAUAGGUCCUUGCCAGGGAUCACUUUCAUUCGCCACCAGUCUUCUGCUUCUUGCAUUGAGCCACCAUGGUUUAUGAUUA